CUCAAAAAUAUCUUUUCGCGGACCUGCCGACACUGAAUGGUCAAAAUGUCUGUUCCCAUGUGUCCCGUGUAUGUCUUAACCAAAAAAAAAGAAAAAAAUUAUCAAAAAAAAUAUUAAGAAUACGAAAUUCGAAUAUAUUUACAAUAAAUUCUCAAACUAUUUAUAAAUAAUAAUUAUACGUAUUUUUACUACCUCAAUGAUAGACGCUUUGGAUUUCAAAAAUUAUAAAACCAGUAUUUUCACAAUAAUUGAUCAAUAAAAAUACAUAACCAUGUUCAGUCGCAUGAUAAGUUCAAAUCUUCGAGGAAUCUCGCUUUUAUCGAAGGUAUGGAGUGGGCAAUCAAAUGUUUUAGCUGGAAAACAAGCCGAAGAAAAAAUGACAACUAUUUUGAAGAAUAAAUUUCCAAAUGCUGAAAUUAUAGAAGUAACAGAUAUAUCAGGAGGAUGUGGAGCAAUGUUUGAAGUCAAUGUUAUAGCUUCAGAAUUUAAAGGUCUGAAUACUGUAAAACAGCACAGGCUUAUCAAUGAUUGUCUUAAGGAAGAAAUAAAAGAUAUGCAUGGAAUACGAAUCCAUACCGGAGUACCAUUUAGUAAAUGAAUUAUAAACUUUCAUUAGCUGUAUCAUUUCACAAUCUCAUGUAUCAUUUGAACAUACAGAUCAAGAAAUAAGUGGUUUCUAAAAAACUUAUAUUUAGUUGUACUACUUUAUUAAUAGUGAGUAUAAAUUGUUUACCAAUAUUCAAUUAUAAAGAAUCAACUUGUAUUUAUGUUUGAAAGCCAUAAAGUCACACAGAUAUGUUUUUUAAAUUUUAA